UUAAGAUAAUUUACAAAGCAAGGCUAUGUCUUGCUAGAUCUUCGUUCCAAAACUGGUUACUUUCUUUUCUCCUGCAACUAUGUGGAAGGGACUGUGUUUUAUUUCUACCAGCUCAGUGUAACCUCAGAUCCAUCAAGAAUUGCGUUUUGUUUCAUUAACAUAGGUAGAGAAAUGAAAACCUCUAAGGAUCCUUUCAGGACAGUCCUGCAUGCAUGCUCAAAGGCUCUCUGUCUAGAGACCGACCUUUCUUUAACUAUUCUGGAAUAGGGUAGGAUGAUUAUUUGAAUUGCAUAAUGAAAAGAAGCAGUCAAGCUAACACACAUUUUCGUAUGAAUCCACAACCAGUAGAACCUCUGCUUACUUUGGCCUUCUGUCCCAAAUAAGUUGUUUCUAUAACUGAUUGUUGCUGCUUAGCUUCUCUUCUCUAAUGGUACUUUUUGAGCAUAAAGCAUCGGUUAAGGCCAACAAUUAUUCCUCUCUUUUCUCAAAAGAAAGGGAGUGAGGAUAUCUAUAUUUCGACACAAGUUCUACUACUACAUAGUCCACUACUACAUAGUCCAAGACAAAGGCAAUUCCCUCUAAUUUUUUAAAUCAUUAAAAUGAAGGUAUUGGACUAAACCAUCUCCAAAGUUUAAUCAAAUCAAAAGCUUUAUUAAACUACCUCUUCAUAAUUUAAAGACAAAUUUGACUCUCUGAGUUUUACAUGGUGGUGUCUAGCGAAUAGUAUGUGUUCAAUAGUAUUUAAUUAAUUUUAAUUUGUUUUGCCUAGCUGGCAUAGCUCAGUGGAAACAGGAGGUCACAGUUCAAUUCCCAGUGCGGGCACAUACCAGGAUUGUGGGCUUGAUUCCCAGUGUGGGGCAGGCAGUAGGCAGCCAACCAAUGAUUCUCUCUCAUCAUUAGUGUUUCUAUCUCUCUCUCCCUCUAACUUCCUCUCUUGAAUCAAUAAAAAUAUUAAAACAUAAAAAAUAAAAUAAAAUCAGUAAAACUAUAUCCUCUGGUGAGGAUUAAAGAGCAAAAAAAUUCUUUUAAAAAAAUAAAAUAAAUUUUACUUUAAUGUAAACAGUUUCUAUACAACAUAUUUCUUAUGUAUAUACACACCUUUUUAAAACAAAUCAUUUUUUUCACCUGAAAUGGCUGAUUUUCUCUAUGUGCAAUAAAUAAAGUGUGAGGCAGUAUCCAAGAGUCAUUUCCAAGUUGAAAAGCAAACCAAGGAAGUUUCAAAAAUCAUUAGGGACUAAUAAACACUCAUCCAUGAACAUUGUUGUAUCAAUUCACAGUUUCUUAAAAUUAAUGUUUUUGGAUUAAGUAAAUAUAAACGGAAGAAUUUGGAAGGCUAAAACAAGUUUUCUGAAAAAGCAAUUAUUUUGCCUUCAAUAUGGUGCAGUAACAUAGUAAGGACUCUGAGCGCCGCUGUUCACCAACCAGGAGAAAGAUCCGCCGGAACUACCGAGCUUUUACAGCACAACCAAACGCCAGAUUGAGACAAACUCUUUUCCAAGGGACAUCAAACUCAGACCCAUAUUCUCCUGGAUUUGGGGCUCCUUUUCCGAAUACAGAGCGUUCCAGGAAGCAUCCGGAAACACCACAGGAGGUGGCCCAGGGUCUAAUGAUCUGCAGGACAAUGGCGGCUCCGGAGAGGGGCCGGAAUUACAGAGGAUUCAUCCUGCUCUCCAUCCUCCUGGGAACCCGGAGCGAAGCUUGGGCAGGACACAUUCUCUAUUCCGUGCCGGAGGAGACAGACAAAGGGUCUUUUGUGGGUAAUGUCGCCAAGAAUCUGGGGCUGGAGGCCCAGGAGCUGGCGGAGCGCGGAGUCCGCAUCGUUUCCAGAGGUAGGACGCAGCUUUUCGCUCUGAAUAAGAGAACUGGCAGCUUGGUCACGGCGGGCAGGAUAGACCGGGAGGAGCUCUGCGCUCAGAGCGCGCGGUGUCUGGUGAGUUUUAACAUCCUGAUAGAAGAUAAAAUGAAUCUUUACCCUAUAGAAGUGGAAAUAAUGGAUGUUAAUGACAAUGCUCCUAGGUUCUUGACGGAAGAAAUGAAUGUAAAAAUAAUGGAGAAUACAGCCCCUGGGGUGCGGUUUCCGUUAAAAGAGGCUAGGGAUCCGGAUGUGGGCACGAACUCCCUCCAGAGCUACCAGCUCAGCCCCAAUCGCCACUUCUCCCUGCUUAUGCAAACUGGAGAGGACGGAACUAAGUAUCCGGAGUUAGUGCUGGAGCGGGUGCUGGACCGGGAGGAAGAGGCAAUUCACCACCUCCUCCUCACAGCUUCUGACGGUGGUGACCCACCCUUAUCUGGCACCGCCCGCAUCCAAGUGGCAGUGGUGGAUGUGAAUGAUCAUUCGCCAGUCUUCUCUUUGCCUCAGUACCAAGUCACUGUCCCUGAGAACGUGCCAGUGGGCACAAGACUGCUCACAGUAAAUGCUAUCGACCUCGAUGAGGGAGUCAAUGGGGAAGUGACAUACUCUUUUUGGAAAAUAACUCCAAAAAUUCUACAGAUAUUCCAACUGAACUCCCACACAGGAGAACUAUCAACUUUAGAAAGCCUAGAUUAUGAAGAAUCCAGCUACUAUGAAAUGGAAGUUCAGGCUCAGGACGGUCCUGGUAGUAUGACAAGAGCUAAAGUACGCGUCACCAUUUUAGAUGUGAAUGACAACGCCCCAGAAGUGACUAUAACAUCUGUAAGCAGCUCAAUCCCUGAAGAUACUCCCCCUGGAACAGUAAUUGCUCUUUUCUACUUUCAAGACCGAGAUUCCGGAAAGAAUGGUGAGGUCACCUGCACUAUUUCAGAAAAUCUACCUUUCAAGUUAGAAAGAUCAAUAGACAAUUAUUAUAGAUUGGUGACAGCAAAAAACCUAGACCGAGAAAUACUCUCUGUGUACAACAUCACACUGAAAACCACAGAUGGUGGAACCCCGCCCUUGUCUACAGAAACUCACAUCUCCAUAAAGGUGUCAGACACCAAUGACAACCCACCUUCCUUUCCCCACUCCGCCUACUCUGUCUAUGUCCCUGAGAACAACCCCAGAGGUGCUUCCAUCUUCACUGUGACUGCACACGACCCUGACAGUGACGAGAAUGCCAGAGUCACUUACUCCCUGGAUGAAGACACCAUCCAGGGUGUGCCUCUAUCCUCCUAUGUCUCCAUCAACUCUGACACUGGUGUCCUGUAUGCAUUGCACUCCUUCGACUAUGAGCAGUUCCGUGACUUGCAAUUGAGAGUGACUGCACAUGACAGCGGGGACCCACCGCUCAGCAGCAACGUGUCCCUGAGUCUGUUUGUGCUGGACCAGAAUGACAAUGCACCCGAAAUACUGUACCCUGCCAUCCCCACCGACGGGUCCACUGGUGUGGAGCUGGCACCCCGCUCUGCAGAACCCGGAUACCUGGUGACCAAGGUGGUGGCGGUGGACAGAGACUCAGGCCAGAACGCCUGGCUGUCCUACCGCCUGCUCAAGGCCAGUGAGCCAGGACUCUUCAUGGUGGGGCUGCACACGGGCGAGGUGCACUGCGCGGGCCCUGUUGGAGAGAGAUUCGCUCAAGCAGAGCCUGGUGGUGGCAGUUCAGGACCAUGGCCAGCUCCCUCUCUCGGCCACUGUCACGCUCACGGUGGCGGUGGCUGACAGCAUCCCAGAUGUUCUGGCUGACCUGGGCAGCCUGGAGGUCCCUCACGACUCCGAAGCCCCAGGCCUCACUCUGUACCUGGUGGUGGCAGUGGCUGUGGUCUCCUGCGUCUUUCUCGCCUUUGUUAUCAUCCUGCUGGCACUCAGACUGA